GUUUGAGCUCGCAAACAGAGAAACAAUCGGAGAGAAAUCUCGUUUGAGGCCCUGUGCGGCUUGGUUUGAUCAUGUCGAAGCUCGACGGCCGGAAGGCGCGGCCGCGCGCGGCGCUCGACGACGACGAUGUCGACAUGGACGCCGGUGAGCUGCAACGACUCAUCCCCGGGCUGAUCUGGCGCACGGAUGUGCGGCUGUGCGUGUGUCUGAUGUGCUUGUUGUGCUUGUUGUGUGGUGGUAAUGCGGUCAAUGCGGUCAGACAACGACGAUGGCGAGCCGAUGUCGAAGCGGAUGCGUUCGUCUGACUGGGACGAUGAGUUCGAGCCGCUCAAGAGGAAAGACCUCGACGCACCGCUAGACCCCAACAAUGACAGGAUAGGUAGGUAUCGUAUCUGAUCUGAUGCACAUACCAGAUCACUCAUGGUCGGAUGGAUGGAUGGAUGGAUAUCUCUUUGUGUGUGCGCAGUGUUCAUGCAGAUCGACAUCGACCAGUACACUGGCAAGGCCAAGAGGGACAUGUGGCCGCAAGGUACACACACACACACACACACACACACACAGGCACACACAGGCAGACAGAGCGCCACAUCCAUCCAUCCAUCACGCGCAUCCCCCGAGUGUGGAUGCGUUGAUCGACCAGGUGGCAUCCCUGCGCCGGACCAGGAAGUGCCGAUCCUGCGGAUGUUUGGCGUGACGGAGGGCGGGCAGAGUGUGCUCGCACACAUACACGGUUUCAUGCCCUACUUCUACUGCCAGGCACGCACACAACCAACCAACCACACCGAUAGAUAGCACAAUCCACAAAUCCCUCCAUGUGUGUGUGUGUGUGUGUGUGUGUGUGAUGGUGGUCUGUCUGUCUGUCUGUCUGUCAGUGUCCGGACAAGUGUCGCGAUUCGGCCAAGAUGAGGGCCAAACUCGAAGUCAGUCAGUCAGCAGCCAGCCGAUACUAGAGAUGUGCAGAUCAGAUGGUGUGUUGCUUGUGUGUGUCUGUGUGUGUGUAGGAGCGUUUGAGGGUAAACAACCGCGGCAUCAAGCAGCUGGUGCUGCACGUAGAGGUCGUCCAGAAACAGGUGCAUGCGCACACACACACAGGACAUCGACACACAGAUACCCAACACACACCACACCACACCACACCAUUGCGGAUGGAUGGCUGGAUGGGUUCGGCUUCGUGCAGUCUCUGAUGUGGUAUGUGCCCGACUCGACCGCUGACACUUCCCACUUCUUCCGCAUCACAGUCGCACAGCCGAGGCUCGUGCCGCCAUGCAGAGAUAUCAUAGAGAGAGGUGCGGUGGUGUGUCGGCCAGGGCCAGGCCAGCACCCCUCCCCCCUUUGCUAUGCACCUGGUGUGGCUGUCUGUGGUGCGUGUGGUGUGUUAGGUUUGGAGUUGCAGCCGGGCGCGCGUGUGCCGACGACCCCCUACGCGACGUUUGAGAGCAACAUCGCCUUCCCACUUCGGUACAUGAUCGACAACGGCGUCACCGGCGGCUGUUGGGUGGAAGGUAGGUCGGCUGACGGAACGAACACACACAUACAUACCCAUCCGCCCACACCCACACCCACACUAAGAAUGACGGCACUCGUUCGUGUGUACGUGUGUGGGUGGCGUCUGUCUGUGUGUGUGUAGUGCCUGCCGGUAGCUAUCAGGUGCGCAGCCACGCCACGACGGUGGGGCUGUGUCAGAUCGAGGUGGACCUUCCCUACACAGGUGGGUGUGGGUGCUGGUGGGCGUGAGUUAUGCAUCACACACAGCGGGGCUAUCGAAGCUUUGCUCCAUCCAUCCUUUUCGUUCGUCAGAUUUGGUGUCGUUGCCGACGGACGGUGACUACAUGAAGCUGGCGCCCCUGCGUGUCCUGUCAUUCGGUCAGGCGGCACACAACACACAACACACACAUACACAGACAGACAGACAUGCAGGCCACCUGUGGAUGGAUGACGUGUGUGGGGGUGUGGGGUCAGACAUCGAGUGUGUCAAGCUCGAGGGCCAGGGGUUCCCUCAGGUAGGCCCCCCCCCUCAGCCACACACGCACGCACACGCAGCACACAGAUGCGUGUGCACAUAUUGUCGUGUCAUGCGUGUCGGUCAGGCUGAAGAGGACCCCGUCAUUCAGAUCGCAACCGUAGUCAAAAUACACGGUAGGAACGAAACGACAGACAGACAGAAGUGCGUGCAUCUGUGUGGGGUUUGUGCUGUCUGUCUGUCUGUCUGUCUGUAUGUCUGUCUGUCUGUGUGUCUGUGUGUGUGCAGGUGAUGAGGAGCCCCUGUGGAAGGCCGUGUUUGUGCUCGGCACAUGCGCCCCUGUCGCCGGUCAGCCAGCCACACCACAUGCGCAUGGAUCCUCAUGGUCUAUGUGUGUGUGCAGGUGCGCACGUCUACACCUUCGAGACCGAGUAUGAGCUGCUGCAGAGGUGGAGCGACUUCCUCACCAUUGUAACCACCACACACACACACACACGAAGGAAUACACACGUGGGGUGUGUGUGUGUGUGUGUGUGUGUGCAGGUUGACCCCGAUGUGCUGACGGGUUACAAUGUGAUCAACUUCGACCUCAACUACCUCAUCACGCGGGCAGGCAUCCUCAAAGUCGACAAAUUCGCACACAUCGGUCGGUCGCUCCGCCCGUCAGCCAGCCAGCCACACGCGUGUGUGUGUCUGUGUCUGUGUCUGUGUAUGUGUAUGUGUAUGUGUGUGUGUGUGUGUGCAGGUCGCAUUCAGACUGCCAAGAGCAAGAUUCGCGACACUGUGUUUCAGUCCAGGGCGUACGGCAUCCGGGAGAACAAAGAGAUCAGUGAGUUGACUCCACACCACACCACACCACACACGUGUGCCUGCCUGCACGUCUGGGCGUGCAACCAGAUACGGAGGGCCGCGUGCAGUUCGACGUGCUUCAUGCCAUUCAGAGGGACCACAAGCUCAGGUGGGCACACACACACACACACACAUCCAUCCAUCUAUUCGCUGCAGGUCGUAUUCGCUCAACGCCGUCUCAGCCCACUUCCUCAACGAACAGAAGGCAGGCAAGCACACACACGCCCAUCCAUGUACACCUCCUGCACACGUGCCUGCCUGCCUGCCUGUCUGCCUCUCUGCUGCUGUGUGUGCAGGAGGAUGUGCACUACAGCAUGAUCGGGGACCUCCACAGGGGCAACGCCGAGACUCGCCAACGCGUCGCAUCCUACUGCCUCAAGGCACGCAAGGAGCCACAGACAGAUGACAACCACAUGUGGAGAGAGAGAGAGAGAGAGAGAUGCACGUAUGGGUGUGUGUGCUGUGUGUGCUGUGUCGGGUGUGGUGUGUGGGUGUGUGGUGCAGGAUGCGACCCUGCCGCUGCGUCUGAUGGACCACCUGCUGUGCAUGUACAACUACGUGGAGAUGGCCAGGGUCACCGGCACGCCGCUCAGCUACCUGCUCACACGGUGCGGUCAGCAAGCAACAAGACAGACAGACACACAGACAGAUGGAUGGCUGCUCGCAUGGCUUGCACAAACACAAGCAAUGUCCCUCCUCCCUGUGUGGUGUGCCGUGAAUGGUUUGGUUUGGUUGGCUGGCAGUGGUCAGCAGAUCAAGGUCGUGAGCCAGCUCUACCGCACCUGCCUCAAGCUGGGGUACAUCUUCCCAUACGCUAAACAAGAAGUACGGUCGCACCCCCUCCCCCCUCCCCCUCCCCCCUCCACACACACGCACGGGCUGGUGCAUAAGAUGAUGCACACACACACACGCGUCUGUGGUGUGUGUGUGUGUGUGUGUGUGUCAGUCUUCCGAGGAAAAGUUCGAGGGUGCGACCGUGCUGGAGCCUGAGAAGGUGUGCUGUGCUUUGUGGGUGGAUACACACACGCACACAUCCAUCCAUGCGUCCAUCCAUCCGUCUGUGCAUCUGUGUGUGUGCAGGACUUCUACGGGGAGCCGAUCGCCACGCUCGACUUCGCGUCGCUGUACCCCUCCAUCAUGAUGGUGUGUAUGUACGCCACACACACCCACAGACAGACACCAACACAGUGUCUCAUGGCUGGAUGGCUGGCUUCAGGCGUACAAUCUGUGCUACUGCACCCUCAUCCCGCCCCAAUACGUGUCCCAGAUGAACCCUGACGAGGUGAAGGGCGGGGUGUCCUGCCGCCGCUCAUGGAUAGUGUGGCUGAUGUGUUGAUGUGUUGAUGUGUGUGUUUGUGCACUGCAGUACACCAAGACGCCCAUCGGCCACUGCUUCGUCAAGAAGGACAACCGACAGGUACGGUAUGCCUGUUUGGGGGAGGGAUGGGUGCUCAUAUGUGUGUGUGUGGGUGUGUGCGUGUGUAGGGUGUGUUGCCGCUGGUGCUGACCGAGCUGCUGGCUGCGCGAAAGGCACACAGACAUGCACACACACACACACAAAUGAGCAGCCCACCGCAUUCGUGUGUGCCUCACAUCGCGUGUGUGUGCAGCGUGCCAAGAAGGACAUGAACGCUGCGCAAGACCCACUCACGAAAAUGGUACAUUAAUUACAUGGAUGGCACCACACCCACACACCUGCUCACAUACGCACACACAGAGAGCCAGAUGGCCAGCCAGUGGGAUACCAUCGGUGUGUGUGUGUAGGUGCUCAACGGUCGUCAGCUGGCCCUGAAGAUCUCCGCCAACUCGGUCUAUGGCUUCACGGGCGCCACGGUCAGUCACAUCUAUCUCCCCCCCUCUCUCUCUCUCUCUCUGUGUGUGUGUGGAUGGAUGGAUGGAUGGAUGUGUGUGUGUGCAGGUGGGUCAGCUGGCGUGUCUUGAGAUCUCCUCGUCUGUGACGGCAUUCGGACGGCAAAUGAUCGACCAGACCAAAGAGGUAAUCUCUCUCUCUCUCUGUCUGUGCCAACCACACUCAUACACACACAGUGGGUGUCCAUCUCUCUCUCUGCGUGCGUCUUUGUGUGUCAUUUGUGUGUGUCUGCAGCAUGUGGAGCGUCGUUACAAGGUAGCCGCGGGCUACCCCCACGACGCAAAAGUCAUUUACGGCGACACCGAUAGCGUCAUGGUGUGGAUCCGACCCCACCCCCUCUCAGCCCCAUUGUCGUACCGUCCUACAUCUCUCUCUCUCUCUCUCCCCGUCUGUCUGUGUGGGGGUACAGGUCAAUUUCGGCGAGAUCAGCGUUGAAGAGGCCAUGAAAUACGGUAGCAGGCAGGCAGCCACGGCAGAGACGACUGGACCGUCAUGUGUGUCGCCACACACAUCCACACACAUCCACACACUGACUGACUGACUGACAGGUCUGGAGGCGUCCCAGGAGAUCAGCAAGACAUUCCCCCCACCGAUCAGACUCGAAUUCGAGAAGGUUUGCGCCCUAUCAACACACGCACACACGAGAUACCUACAACACGGGAACCAUCGUAUAUGGCUGGCUGGAUGGCUGGAUGGCGACAGGUGUAUUGUCCGUUCCUGCUGAUGAACAAGAAGCGCUACGCCGGGCUGAUCUGGACCAAACCCGAGAAAUAUGACAAAAUGGACUGCAAGGGCAUCGAGGCAAGCACCCUGAACCCUGCACACGCAGCCACACACACACAAUCAGCAGACACCUUCCUUUCUCUCUCUCCGUGUGUGUGUGUGUUCAGACGGUGCGUCGCGAUUGGUGUGAGUUGGUACAGAAGACCGUAGACGAUGUGCUCAACCUCAUCCUCGUGUAAGCACCAUACCUCCACACAUCCAUCCAUAGAGAUACACGUGUGUGCUGCCUGCCUGCCUGCCUGCCUGGGUGGGCGUCUGGGUGUCAGGGAGCGUUCGGUGCCGCAGGCCAAGGAGUGCGUCAAGCGAGUAGGGAGGGAGGGAGGAAGGGGACACACACAAGCAUACACACACAUGGGCCCAUGGAUGGAUGAGUGUCCCUGUGCCUUUGCCUGUGUGAUUUACGCUGACUCGUGGGCGGGCAGGUGGUGGCGGAUCUGCUGCAGAACAAGGUCGACAUGAGCCUGCUCGUCAUAUCCAAGAGCUUAGGUACCAUACCAUGCCCACACGCGGCCACCCAUCCCCCAUCCGUGCAUCAAUGUGUGUGCAGCCAAGAGCGCCAAUGCCGAGGAUUAUAAGGCCAAGCAGCCACACGUCGAACUCGCUGAGCGCAUGAGGGCUCGAGGCAAGAACCCCCCCCACACACACCCACACACACUCACACACACUUAUAGAUGACCGUGUUUGUUCAUCUGUGUGUGGCAUGACAUGGCCUGCAGACCCCACGAGCGCCCCUGCCGUCGGCGAUCGCGUCGCAUUCGUCUACAUCAAGGGACACAAAGGUCACUCAGCCAGCCAACACACACAAUGAUCUGCUAAGCGGCUGUGUGUGCAGAUGCUCGUGCGUACGAGAAGGCCGAGGACCCCCUGUACGUGUUGGAGCAGAACCUGGCCAUCGACGCGCAGUACUACCUCGAGCACCAACUCAAACAGCCUAUCAUCCGGUGGGGGGGCACGUGCACAUCGAGGCACACAGACCCACCGGCGGCACAUUCACACACAUGUGUGUGUGUGGUGUGCAGGAUAUUCGAGCCGCUCAUGGAGCGUCCCGAGUCUCUGUUCGCCGGGAACCACACUCUCAAGGUCUCUGUGCCGAUGCCCGCUGGGGGCGCCAUGGCGGUACGUAUCCACACACACACACACGUGUCAUGUGCACUCUGUCCGUGUGUGUGUGUAUGCGUGUGGUUGCAGAAGUUUGUGCAGCGGUCGUUGACGUGUCUGGGGUGCCGCGCGCCCAUCAAGGAAGGCGCCCUCUGCAAAAACUGCAAAAAGAAGGAAAUAGAGGUCAUUCACACACAGAUUACUUACUGUCCCCCUCUGUGUGCACCGCCAUGGCUGUCUCUCUGUAUCUGUGUCUCUGUGUUUCGAUGUGCAGAUCUACUUGAAGAAAUUGGACACGUUCCGCGACAGGGAGCUCGAGUUCAACAAACUCUGGAGCGAGUGCCAACGGUCAGUCAGCCAAUCCCACACACACACACACACACAUCCAUCCAUCCAUUUGUGUGUCUGUCUUUCCAUCUGUGUGUGCAUAUUAUGAUUGUGCAGUUGCCAGGGUUCGCUGCACCAGGACGUCAUCUGCACGUCCCGCGACUGCCCCAUCUUCUACAGACGCGAGCGCGUCAAGAGAGACAUUGCCCAAGCUGCGGUACGCACCGACGGGUGGAACUGUGCAGUCACACGUGGAUUGAUGCACCCCACUUCCCUGCGUGUGUGUGUGUGCAGGAGGCGAUGCAGCGGCUCAAGAUCGACUGGUAGACGAGCUGCAGACACGGGCGUGUAGAAAGGGGUUAAUGGGGCCAUAUAUGGGCGAUGCAUACAUAUUGUGUCUCUUUCGUACUGAGUGAGACCGUAGAUAGAUGAAUGGAUGUGUACAG